AUGCUAACGAGGAUUCCUAGAUGUCCCCCCGCAAAUUACACAUACCCUUCUUCUUCUUCCGAAACCAUGGGCCAGAGUUCGCUGAAACCAGCGUUCGGCGCAGCAUUAACUCCCCUGUCGACAAUCCCGAACUCAAAAUCCCAGAACAAGUCUUAUCUUGACCGCAACUUGCCUAAUAUCUUCACCGUGCUUAACAAAGAGUACGCCAAUGACUACGAUUACCAGCGGCAUCAUACGAAAAAAGAUCUGGCUGCGGAGGAGCAAGGGGGUCUCUUCUUGCUGCCGGUCAUGUCUAACGAAACCGCCAUUUCCCUGCUUUCCGCUUCUUCCGUGACUAAGGAUUUUAUGUUAGUGGAUCCGCAAGUAGUCAAUGUGCUGCAGACUCAAAACUUUUCGCCACUUCUACUGCUUCCGAUGGAAAUUUUAUACCAAAUUAUUGAGAUUGUCUACUACGAUGAGAGCACAUCAUCGAUUCCUGCGAAUUUGGAAAAGUUCUCCAAAACUAUACCUGUUCUCCUGAAAACGUUCAACCAGUUGGCGAUCCGCUUCUUAUAUAAGUACGCCAUCUUCAACCGACCCCAUUCUUUUGACCGUUUUCUACGCAAUGUUGUGAAACAGCCUGAUAUUGGUCAAUACGUCGAAUUUAUGGAUUUCCAGACGUUUACAUCCAUUGGCUUAGGAAGGACCGGAAGAAUGAACCAAGAAAUUCAGAUGGUCACUUCUGAAACGAUUCUGACUGCAUUACGUUUGUGUCCUAAUUUGAUAGAGUUCUUGGCAUCCGAAAAUAUCCAAGAUGACAUGGACGUCCAAGUGCUUCUGCUUCUUUUCAAUGAAUUACCUAAGAUCCAGGCUAUCGAUUUCUGUGGAGCUUCCCUGAAACUGUUCGCUGAUGCCUUCAAUCAGCUUGUUAUUCAUGACAGGAUGGAUUCAGUAAUGUCUGAUGAUAGCGACACUCCUGAUUUUCUGGAGCACAAUUUGAACCACCUUUUCAAACUUUCUUUCCAUGAUUGUUCGAACUUGGCACCUUCUGUGUUCCAGAAAAUUCUCCCUCAUUUGGUUAAUCUCAGGCGUCUUGAUGUUACGCACACGUCAAUAACCUCAACUAUCCUUUUCUCUCAUGUUCCUGAGUCCUGUAGACUCACACACUUAUCCUUAGCACGCUGCUCUAAAUUGACAACAAAAGACUUGAUCCAAUUCUUGACCCGCCACCCUGCCGUUUCGCAAGGUUCAUUGAAAUGGCUCAACUUGCAGAUUGAUUCCAACGUUGUUUCUCCCUUGAGUGAUCAAUACCUUUUGUUUACUUUGAAAUCUCUUAAUGCGCCAGAUUUAAGGUACCUCAACUUGGGAGGAAUGCCUGUGAAUAAAGCUGUUCUCAACUUGAUCAAAACAAGAUUUACAAACCUAGAGAGCUUAGCCAUUUCACAUUCUAAUGUCGAUAUGAACGACUUGAUACAAUACAUGGAUAAUAACUUGGCUAUCAAAUUCCUUGAUGUCACAAACUGCAAAGCUUUGAGCAGAAGAAACCUCACACAUUUUUUGAAAUCAUGUUAUGACUCGAACCUUGAAGCUCUAGAGUUUGAUUACAGGGUUCUCUAUGACCUUACCGGUGGGGAUCACAUUCGGGUAGAUCCCGUGCAAACAGAUUUUUCAAUAGGAAGCACAGCAUAUCUUCCACAAGCUUGGAAGUUUUACGAUAAUGAAGGACGACGCUCAUGGAUUUACAAGAUUGACUCCUCCGACCCAUCAUAUGAUGCCAUUAUAUCCGGCAAUUCUUCUGCAUCUUCCCAACCAUCUGGUUUGGUUUACUAUGAUUUGGAAACGGGUGCAAAAAUUGAAUCAAAAACAUCAAAGCCAGCAUUUUUGAAGUAUGCUUCGAGAAAAAUCAAUUGCUCGAUUGGCUAUUAUAAUUUGAAAACUACAAAGAAGAAGGAUUAUAUCAACGGAGGUUUGAAUGAACUGGUCUGGCCCGUUGAAUUCAGCCAGAGAGGAAUUUACAAUUACUACUCGUUAAAUGUGAAAUAG